AUGUGCUCUGCACUUCCCAUGAAGGCAUCCCACGUACAACUCAUCGAAGAUGAAUCUGGUGCCCGGGUUGCCCACUACGCUGUCGGACUGCUUCUUUCCAGGGUCAGCUCCAAGAUGAGGUCUCGCGUAAACCGGGGUGGGCGGCAGGCAGCAAUUGACAUGCUGGGACAGGAGAUCUUGCCUGACUUUCUAGGUGGACAGCGAGACUCCGCUGCCGAAUUCUCUACCUGGCUCGAGAAGCUGCAGCUUGCAAACCCGCUCGAGAUUGCUAAUGCUUCCGUUCGAUCUGUAGCAACUCGGACGCAUGUAGCUUGCGGUUUCUUGGGACCGGCCACUGAACGCCGUAAAUGUGCUUCAUCGACCCGCCUCGGCCGGCUUGAGGUUUUGUUUUUGUUACGGUGCAUUCUGUAUUGA